UUCCAUGCCAGCCUUUGCUUCGGUGGGACGGCUAAUCUUAGCCUCCAAGGAUUGCUGGAGUCCAGUGCCACCCCCCUUUUGCUAAAUCCCAUCACUGGUCGCUCUCUCCCCGGAUGCAGCCUGACACUUGAUGCCGGGCGCUUGCCAAACCCUGAAUGGUGGGGUGCCAUAAGAGAGCACCCCAAACAGAGCCAAAUUUCCCCUUUCUUUGACAUCUGAGUCGGUGAGGUCCCACCAUGGACAUCGGAGGCCUGGAGACGGUGGUGGCCAACUCGGCCUAUGUGUCGGCCCGAGGGGAAGGUGGCCCUGCCACGGGCCGUGACAAGAAGAUGCGGGCCAGGCUGAAGCUGCCACACAUCACCCAAUGUGAACACCUGAAGGACAGCCUGGACCUGACCUUCAACUUCAUCUGCGUGCGCCAGCCCAUCGGCAAGCGCCUCUUCCAGCAGUUCCUGGAGGAGACGGACGAGUUCAAGGCAGCUGGUGGGCUGUGGAAGAGCAUCGAGGACUACAACACGUCUGAGGAGGCUGACCGGCCCAAGGUGGCCCAGAAGAGUGUCAACAAGUACUUUGACUCAGCCUCCAAGGAGUUCUGCCCCUUCCUGGAGGAGAAGGCCAUAAUGCGGGUCAAGGAGGAUGCCAAAAACGGCCGUGGAGACCUCUUCAAGGAGGCCGAGCAGCACCUGCUCAAGUACCUGGAGGAGAACACCAUGACCAAGUACAAGGAGAGCCUGCAAUUUGGACGCUUCCUCCAGUUCAAGUGGUUGGAGUCUCAGAGCGUGACAGAUGAGUGGUUCCUGGACUUCCGGGUGCUGGGCAAAGGCGGCUUUGGGGAGGUCUGCGCCUGCCAGAUGAGGGCCACCGGCAAGAUGUAUGCCAACAAGCGGCUCAACAAGAAGCGGCUCAAGAAGCGCAAUGGCUAUGAGGGAGCGAUUGUCGAGAAGCGGAUCCUGGCCAAAGUCCACAGCCGCUUCAUCGUCACCUUGGCCUACGCUUUCCAGACCAAGCUAGACCUCUGUCUCGUCAUGACGCUCAUGAAUGGAGGAGACCUCAGAUACCACGUCUAUAACGUGGACGAGAAGAACCCAGGGCUUUCCGAAUCCCGGACCGUUUUCUACACGGCUCAAAUUAUUUGCGGCUUAGAACAUCUGCAUCAAAACCGCAUCAUCUAUCGGGAUCUGAAGCCAGAAAAUGUCCUCCUGGAUGACGCAGGGCAUGUCCGGCUUUCGGAUCUGGGCUUGGCGGUGGAGCUCCCUGACGGGAAAGACAAGACCACAGGCUACGCUGGGACACCAGGAUUCAUGGCUCCGGAGCUGCUCAAAGGAGUGGAAUACGACUCCAGCGUGGACUACUUCACCCUCGGAGUCACCAUCUUCGAGAUGAUCGCCGCCAAGGGACCUUUCCGCAGCCGAGGCGAGAAGGUAGAGAACAAGGAGGUGACCCGCCGGAUCCUGAAUGACCCGGUGACGUAUCCCGAUGACAAGUUCAGCGCGGCCUGCAAAGCCUGCCUGGAUGCCCUGAUGGCCAAAGACCCGGCCAACCGGCUGGGCUUCAAGAACAACGACUGCAGCGAACUAAAGAACCAUGCGCUCUUCAAGCCCAUCAACUGGGGACGGCUAGAGGCAGGUCUGGUCGAGCCGCCUUUCGUGCCGGACCCCAAAGUGGUCUAUGCCAAGGACAUCGGAGACGUGGGUGCCUUCUCGACGGUGAAAGGCGUGGUGCUGGACGACACGGACAAGGCGUUCUACGACGACUUCUCCUCGGGGAACAUUCCCAUCCCGUGGCAGGAGGAGAUGAUCGAGAUGGGCAUCUUCGGGGAGCUGAACGUGUGGGGCGCCAAAGGCACCACCCCGAAGGAUCUGGACCGCAACGCCCCGGUCUCCUCGGCCACCAGCAAAUCGGGGACUUGCCUUCUGCUCUGAAAAGAAGGAGAUGGGUUUCUUUGCAAGCCUCUUGCGGGCAUGGCAUAGACUUUGGAGACAUUGCUCCUUGCCAGAACGAGAGGAAGGACCCAUGAAUCUGAACUCAAUCGGCAAGGAGUAGACUCUUUCUUUAUGGAACCAGUGGGGAAAAAGUUGCAAAAUCUGUGAAUGGACACAGAAAGGCAGCUGUAUUCAUUUUCCUUCAUUUUCCCCUCCUUCCAGAUGUUGUUUAUUUGAAUUGGGGGGCUCUUGGACAGAACUGUCGCCCCUUUUCUUCUCCCUUCCAAAAUGGCACUAAAACUAGCAGUCUCCCAGCCAAUAUGGU